AUGUCUCUUGCAAAGGUUGUGAUAUGCGGAGGGUCGCGAAGUCCCAUUGGUGCCAUUGCUGGGGAGCUCUCAUCAUUACUUGCAUUUCCUCUCCUCUCUCAAAUUGCCGUUGCGGCGCUCUCUCACGCCAAGUGUGAUCCCAAACACGUGGAGUAUGUAACUACUGGGUGGGUUAUGCAAGAUCCACGCAGUCCUAAUAUCGCAAGAUCACUCUGUGAUGCGAUUGGGGCUCCCACCACUACAGCAGGCACAACUGUUCAUGAGAACUGCGCAUCUGGAGCCGCUGCCAUUCAUGAUGUGGCACGUCGUAUUGCUCUUGGAGAAAUAACUGUGGGUGUUGCUUCUGGAGUGGAAAGUAUGUCUAAUGUUCCCCGUUACCUCUUCACAGGCCGUACAAAGAGAGAAAUGUAUGGUGAUCUUAUCUUGAUAGAUGGUCUCAUGUCUGCACUCACGGAUUACAAUGUUGGUAAGAAAGGUGAACUCAUGGGACUUUUAACAGAACGUCUUGUGGAGAAGUAUAAUGUAUCACGUGAACUACAAGAUGAAAUUGCUUUUCGGUCUCAUGCAAAUGCUGUGAUUGCAUGGGAAAAGGGAAUGUUUGACUAUGUAACUCCUGUUGAAGUCAAGACUCGGGAAGGUGUACAUAUGGUUAUAAAGGAUGCUGGACCAAAAGUACAUGAUAUGGAUUUCUUUAAAAAACAAAAACCAUAUUUUAAACCCAAUGGUGGUACAAUUACAUCUGCAAAUUCUAGUAGUAUGAAUGAUGCUGCUGCUGCUAUUGUUUUAGCAUCAGAGAAAGCAGCAAAGGAACUUGGGUUACCUAUUUUGGCUGAAUUACGUGCCUAUGGUAAUAUUGGUGUUCCAGCGGAAUUUAUGGGUGAAGGAGCUUUCAAGAUACUUCCUAAAAUUAUGAAUCGUGCAGGUAUAAAAUUGGAUGAUAUUGAUUACUUUGAAAUUAAUGAGGCCUUUGCAGCUGUGGUGGGUGCAGCAAUAAAGGAAUAUCCUGAACUUAAAAUUGAUCGCGUGAAUCAAUGGGGCAGUGGUAUUUCACUUGGUCAUCCUGUGGGAUGUACUGGAGUUCGUCAAGUGGUGGAUAUGGUAUAUCAACUCAGAAAGCGAGGGGAAACGAUUGGCGUCACAACCCGCUGCGUUGGUAAAGGAAUGGGGAGUGGCGAAGUCAUUGAAGUACGAUCGUAG